UUUAUAUCUUAAAGAUUUUGUUUCAAUGAGAUACAGCCACUUUGAUUUUUUGGCGGGAAGAAACAAUACUAACAAAUCUUUCAUAAUUAAAUCAACAAAAAUUAAAUGGAUAAAUAUUUAAUAAAAUUGCCAAACAAAAAUAUUAAUGAUAUGGUUUCUGAUAAGAAAGAGGUCGUUAAAAAGGAGACUCCUAAAAUGACUGGCCGUCAAGCAAAAAAAGAUACACCGAAGCAGGAAAAAGAGAAGGAAAACACACAAGAGGAUAAUACACCUAAGCAAAACAAAGCAGGGAGAACUGGAAGGUCAUCUAUAAAGCGAAAGAAUUUGGAUACUCCAGAAGUCACUCAGGAGAAGGAGUCUGUGGAAAGUGAGAACCCACCAAAACGUCGCAGCACCAGAACCACUAGAAGCACUCGUUCUAUGGCAGAUGGAGGAACUCCAUCUCCCGAGAAGGAAAAGCCCGAAAAACUUCCUUUCAUCAAGUACAAGGGGGCCAUUAAGUAUUAUACAGAGAGCCAAGACAUUGCUGCCUCGGCCGACGACGUCAUGCAAUGGGUAGAAAAGCAGAAGGAGGACGUUGUGCCUAUGGCUUUUGAUAUGGAGUGGCCAUUCUCCUUUCAAACCGGACCAGGCAAGUCCUCUGUCAUUCAGAUAUGCGUGGACGAAAAGUGCUGCUAUAUCUACCAACUGACCAACCUCAAGAAGCUACCUUCGGCUCUGGUGGCCCUUAUUAAUCACCCCAAAGUGCGCCUACAUGGUGUUAACAUUAAGGCUGAUUUCCGUAAAUUGCAAAGGGACUUCCCCGAAGUAUCCGCCGAUGCGUUGAUCGAAAAGUGUGUGGAUUUGGGGGUUUGGUGCAAUGUGAUUUGUCAAACUGGAGGUCGCUGGAGCUUGGAACGUUUAGCAAAUUUUAUAUGCAGGAAGGCUAUGGAUAAAAGCAAGAAGGUGCGCAUGAGUAAGUGGCAUGUAAUUCCGCUGGACGAGAAUCAACUUAUGUAUGCCGCCAUCGACGUCUAUAUUGGUCAAGUUAUUUAUCGGGAUUUGGAACAGCGAGAAAAGACAAAACUCGCAAAUGAAGAGAAAUUUAAAGAAGAAAAUGGUGAAACUGCGUUUAAAGCAGUGAAGGCAUUGGGCGAGAAAUUUCUAUCAAAGAUGAACGAGGUGACCUUGUGAAAAGUUUUGGACAUGGACUGUUACCUGUGCACAUUUUAGGAAUUUUUGAUCUUUUACAAUUAAUUUACAUCACUAGGAUAUUUAUACAAAUUCUUAACGAUUUUACAAAAUAGUUUCCUUGUUAAUUUACUAGACUUCAAAACGAAUAUUUAAUUGUAAGAAUUUUUUAUGCAUUUAUACAAAAAGCAAAAAAUUUCUUUUUAGAAAUCUAUUCAUUGUUCAAAAAUUAUAUGUUCAAUAUUAAGCUGGAUUAAUUUCAUUGCAUUAAAUAUAACUUAUAGAAAUAUUGUAUCUUUUUAACCUUAUUUUACCUUUUAAUUGUUAAAACCAAAUUAUUUUUAUAAUAUAUACAAACUAUAUCCAGAUGCAUAAAAA